AUGUUGUUAUCAUCUUCUACAGCGCUGUUGUUUGUGGGGACAAGUGACUUCACCCUAUGCCAGACACUCGCGCCAGACGAGUUACAACCCCUAUUUGACGACGCAUGGACUGGCUCACACGUAUGGCCUGCCAGCCAUUUGCUGUCGCGCGUGCUCGUACGAGUCUAUUCCUCAUGCUCGACCGGACUUCCAGCGGCAUCUGGCAUACCUACUCGUGAGGAUAAGCCACCCUCGAAUGCCGAAGCAGCACCUGCUGUCGACCCAUACUCGGAUGGUUUACAACUAAUAGCGCAGGAAGUUCGGUCGUUAACAGACACAUAUAGUGAUGAGCGGUCGCGUGUUUUGGAGCUGGGUAGCGGUACAGGACUUUGCGGCCUCGUGUGCGCAGCUCUAGGCAUGGAUGUGGUUCUGAGCGAUCAGGCGAUGUUCUUAGACUUGCUCACGCAGAACGUGGAGCUCAAUAUUCACCUGCUGAAGGGGAAUGUGCAAGUAUGUACAUUGGAUUGGUCGAAUAAGGCACAUUUCGAGGCCUUGUGUGGUCCAUGCCUGCAGGACAGAACAGAUAAGGCCCAGACACGCUUUGACGUGGUCGUGGUAUCUGACUGUCUCAACCCAGUGUAUGGAAUGGAAUCGAUCCCAUUGCUGGCGAAGGCCAUUCUCCGGGUGGUGCACGCCGAAUCGCGCGUUUACUUGGCGUACGAAGAGCGUGGAAGAGGAGACGUUCUGCAAAUGUUUAUAGAUGCCUGCGACGACAAGCUGUGUUGCACUACCAUAGCCACUGAAGGUCCCCGGAGUGUGUUCUAUUUAUCGGUAAAGAAUAAAGGAGUAUAAUGAGAAAAGAACCCCGAAUGAAGAGACCCCGCCCCUCUCUCCCCCCGUCGCCUGCGUGUUGGGUAAUUUGUUUAGAAUCCGUUGAUGGGAAGGUGGUACUUGGAG